AUGCCACCAAAGAGCUCGAAAGAAACCACAAUCAUGCCCGAAGCUCAGGGUCUCAAGUACGACGAAUCGGAGAUGGCGCUCUUCAAAGCCAAACUCUCAUAUCAUUCCACCAUCGACGCGCGCAUGGCCUCAAAGGACACCAACCUCGCAUCUAUCUCGGAACACCAAGCGCGGAUUCUCAAGCGGUGGGAAAUGCUGAAACAAACGGAAAAAGAAAUGACAGAGAAAGGUAAAAGUCUGCCUCCCGCUGACAAAAAGCAACUGGCGCAAUACGAGUGGAGGUACAAGCACCUGGAAGAACUGGCAACCAAGAGUGCUGGAAGCUAG